CAGUUGCUCUGUAGCCGUGUCGUAGGCGGGACGCGUUGAAUGUUGUCGCAGUUCCCGCGAAAAUUUACGUCUUAGACCGCUACGAUAUAUUUUAUUACUGUCCGAGAUAGGUAAAACGUUUUUCCCAUCGUAUGUUUUAUUGAUGUGUGACAAUUCGUCUGUGUAUUUUUGAUCGUGUUUGCUAAAAGCUUUCAGUGUAUUUAUUUGUACUGAAUCGAUAAGGCUCAGUGGCUCACGGAUUUUCCGAGGACUUAUUCUAUCAACGUACAUGUGAAAGUGAAUAAUAAUCAAAUGUCAGCGAGGUACCGAUAGUGUCAGUGGUUGUGAAUGUGGCUAGUCGGAAGCUGAUCGAGCUGGCGUGGUACGGGGGAGGGGGGGCGAUGCAGGCGGGCGGCGGGUGGUUCGUGCCAUGGACUAUGGGGGUGCAAAAGUUCGCGGUGGCGCUGCCUAUGGGCGGAGUGGUACCACUCGUACCGCCGUUGCUGGCGGCUCUGCCACCAGCGCCACCACCGCUCAGGCUGAUCGCUCCGCCCUUGCAACACCAAUCACAAUCGGGAAGAAAGGGUGAAAAGGACAGCAACAAGAACUGCAUACUCUCCUGCGAAAAAAGGAAAGCCGAUGACUCAGACGUCAACAAAGAUUUAAAGAAGGCGAAACUAGAAACAAAGGCGUUGAAGGCGAAAAGGCCCGGCUUCACCGACGACAGAUACAACGAAACGUCGUAUUAUAUUGAAAAUGGCCUUAGGAAAGUUUAUCCUUAUUACUUCACAUUUACAACAUUCACCAAAGGAAGAUGGGUCGGGGAAAAGAUCCUCGAUGUUUUCGCACGGGAGUUCAGGGCUCAUCCCGCCGCUGAGUACGAAAGGUGUAUCAGGGCUGGCACCCUCACAGUCAACUACGAAAGAGUCGACCCCGACUACAGACUCAAACAUAACGAUUUGCUCGCCAACGUCGUUCAUAGGCACGAAGUACCGGUGACCAGCCAACCGAUCACCCUCGUACAUAUCGACGAGGACAUUGUGGUUGUCAACAAACCAGCCUCUAUCCCCGUUCAUCCUUGCGGUCGUUAUCGGCACAACACUGUUGUGUUCAUACUCGCUAAAGAAUAUAACCUCAAAAACCUCAGGACGAUUCACAGGCUUGACAGACUAACAUCAGGUCUCCUGCUGUUCGGGAGGAGUCCGAAGAAAGCGAGGCAAAUGGAACAUCAAAUAAGAAAUCGACAGGUUCAAAAGGAGUAUGUUUGUCGAGUCGACGGCGAGUUCCCUGAAGAGGAAAUCGAAUGUCAAGAACCAAUAGAAGUAGUGAGCUACAAGAUUGGAGUGUGUAAAGUCUCGCCGAAGGGCAAAGACUGUUCGACAGUUUUCAAACGAUUGGGUUAUAAUGCAGGAGCAAACACUAGCGUGGUUUUAUGUCGACCCAAAACUGGCAGGAUGCAUCAAAUCAGAGUACAUUUGCAAUAUUUGGGAUAUCCAGUAGUAAACGAUCCUCUAUACAACCACCCAGUAUUUGGUCCGCUUCGAGGCAAAGGCGGCGAUACAGGCGGCAAAACUGAUGAACAAUUAGUGAGAGACCUGAUCGCUAUACACAAUGCUGAAAACUGGCUCGGCGUAGAUGCGGCUGAUGAUGAUAUGCUAUUCUCCAAACCCGUGUCUGAUGAUAAAGUUGGGGAAGAUGAGGAAGGUCCCGCAUCAAGAGAAUCAUCACCUCGAUUGGAGUCACCAGCCCCUGGUUUGACCCCGUCAACCGUUAUGACGCCUACUCUAGCCAGUCCAUCGAGUGCAUCAGAGGCCCCAGUGGGAGUGCCCUCUCCACUUGCCUCACCAGGCCUCAAUGAAGACUUCAGCGAUGCUAAGUCAGAAAAAGUAACAGUGGCGACCCAAACUGGUUGCACGCCAGCGAUCAUAGCCACGAGUUCCACGAACCCUGGCAGCGCAGCUGGCGUCACCACCACUGCUGGCGGUUCUUCUGGAUCUGAUGCUCUUACUCCAGAUCCUCACUGCUAUGAGUGCCGUGUUAGAUACAGGGAUCCCAGACCAAGGGACCUGGUCAUGUACCUACACGCUUGGAAGUACAAGGGACCCGGAUGGGAAUACGAGACGGAGCUUCCACAAUGGGCAAGCAUCGAUUGGGAGGAACCAGAGAGUUCAUAGUUACACGUCUUGACACCAUUGCAGAAGCGCCUCGCCACAUCUCUAUAUAUUACUAGCAAAACAAUGAAGUGAAUAUUGGACUUACCAACAAAGACAUUAUCGAUGAUAAUGAUGUUAAAUUAAAUAAAUGUGAUCGUUUUAA